AAACAGUGCGAACUGUUUAUUUCGUGUUGGAAUGUAUAGUUUAUAACGGAUUUAACAAUGGAAAACAUAAGCAAACUGUUUAUUAUACUUUGCUUUGGAUAUACUUUUGCUAAAGUUCCCGAGCUACGCUUCCACAAAGGCAACCUCUCACAAGUAGACGAUAAAAUUGUGUGUCAUGUGGCUAAUUUUUCUAAUGUCUUAAUACGAUUUUUGAAAACAAAUCAACCAAUUGCAGACAUUUGGAAUAAUGGAAGAUCAUGUGAAACGAAUUACCUCACCACUGACACCUUUAGAUGUGGUUGCGACGGCGAGUUGAAUGCCGAGUGUAAUAUAUCUAUGAAUUCGUAUAUUGGUGAAUGCACAUUUUGGAGAUGUGAAGCUCUUCAAAACGGUUUGAUUGUGUCUAGCGCGCCUGUAAACGUGUGUUUACCUGGCUUAACAACUGAUGUGACUGAAAUGGCGAAUUGCUCAACAGCUUCGCCGUUAAGUUGGAUUUCUGAUAUUAAAGUUGCCAUUGGUGGAUUCACAUUGGAAAUGAACGACACAUUAUUUCCUUUAAAGACAUAUUCUAUCGACAACAUUACCGCACUUAUAAAUUCGUUUCACAGAGAAAAUAAUGGCUCUAUAAUUGUUUGUAAACUUGACGAAAGAAAGAACGAAAAAUGGAGCCUAACUAUUUUAUAUCCACCGGAAUUGUGUUCUUUGUGGAAUACUACAACAAACACAAGUACAGCGAAGCAUGAUAGCUGUAUAAAACUAAGAGGCAAUCCUAACGUCACACUUACAUACGUCCAACAUUCUGGAAGAUGUCAAUCAUCGUCGUCAUCCAGUACACCUGGUGUAGUAACGUCCUCCAUUUGUGAGGCUGUCAACAGGAACGACAUAGGGUCUUUGAAGCUAGUUGGCGACAAAAGUGGCAGGUUCCAGCCGGAAAUUCUUGAUCCUGCAAACAUACAAAUAUUUUCUGUAAAUGGUUUAAGUCUGAAAAACUUUAAAUUUAAUGUUACGCAAGAACUCGAGUUUAAAUGCCUGGGAAAUGGCAAUCCACCACCGAAAAUGAAACUGUUUAAAGACGGUAGUGAGAUUUGGAGCGAAUACACAUUCUUGAGACAAAAACUACCUCUGUCAGGACUUCGGGAUUCUGGAAAUUAUACAUGCGUAUCUUCCAACGCUCUCGGAAUCGCCAAUGAGACAAUUAUUGUCAGUUAUGAAAUUGAAAGACAAAUUGAUCAAGACCUUCGUCUAGAUUCUUCAUCAAGUAUUGACAACGGCAUCAUAUUAGCGGGAGCAAGCGCAUUAGUUCUUCUUGUGAUAAUUGCUGCUGCAACAUGUGUGUACAAAAUGUACCGAAGAAUGAUGUCCAUGGGUAUUGCUUUGAAUACACAACAAUCAAUUCUUCCAAUGACUUAUCGUAUAGACGCCGAUCAAAUUGACAACAAUGUCAACGAUUCACCUGCGUUGCCCGAUCAGAUUUGAAUAUACCAUGAAAUUGACCCUGACUUGGUUUCUUUUGAGAUGCGUCAAGAAAACUAUGGCGCCAAUAAUGGCGGCAAUACUUCAGUCGAACAAUGUCGUUAUGAGGAUUUGGACAGUUCGAGACUUGGCGACGAACCGCAGUACCUCAGAGUGGUUUCUGAGUAAUAUUAAGACAGUUGCAUUCAACCUUUAUUUGUAUUGACCAUAUUGUUUAUUGUAAAACAGUUCAAGUAUAUCCGAAUUCUCAUCGCAUUCAUUGUAAGGUGGUUUAUAAUUUAGCAAACAUUAAGAGUAUGUUGUGGUGGCAAAUUAAUGUAUUAAUAGUUGCAUAUGAUGCUCUGAGGAUAAAUUUUUAUUUACAUUUUUUAGACACUUUGUGAAUAAAUCUCUGCAAGAUGUUGAGUUUUGGGAGCUAUUCGACCAGAGCAAACUCCUUUCAUAUGCUUUGCAUUGACAUUUAUCUAAGCGUCAGAUGGUCAUCUGGUCUCGCCAAAGGACCUUUUAGUGAUAAAAGCUGAUUCGGAGUUUCACAUGCAUAUCGUUAUUGACAAACUAAAAGCUAUUGAAAAUUUAAUAAAUACAAUUAAAGUACUAAGAAAAACGUGAAUAUAAUUAUAAUUUUGGUUUGAAAAGGACUAAGUAGACAUUCGAUAAAGGUUUGAACAGACAAUCGCGAAUGUUUUUAAUAUUUAGUGCUAACACAUAUAUGGGCAUAGUGUUAGCAACUUUGCAAAUGUUAUAACGUCAGUACAUGUUUGUUUUAUAACAAGUGUUAUAUUGGGUUUUGUAAAUCGUUGUUUUUGUAUUUGCUAUAUGUAACAAUAUAAACGCUUCAAUGGUGCAUUAUGUUAAUGUGUGUCAAUUUAACAAGUGGUUUCUUUAGACAUGGUAUUUAUUUUUAAUAUAAUGGCUUCGCUUUAUGUUACAUCUGUUCAAUGGUCUGUUAGAUACAUUGGCUUUACCUUUUGAAUC